AGUCCUUUAAGCUGAGUCCUAGGCAGGCACCCGCUCCAGAGGGAAGUAGACACAAGAUCCUAUGCUUUGUGCAUCAAAGACAUCACAAUGGCUGUGGCAGAUGUAAGAGCCCUCCUUUCUCCCCAGCGGGGCCUCUCCAAGGGAACUGCUGGAACCAGAAGCCUGUCCACUUAGAACCUGGAACCCAUACUUCUGAAACAAAGGACUCUCAUGGCACCACAAGAGAACAAUAACUAUGGCUUUGAGCAGUCUGGGGAGACACCACCUCUUCAUUACCCUCCUAGAACAAGAGGACCAAGAUCACCCGGAGUAUACUCCAUGUACACCCAAAUCCCACCGACAGUCCAAACAGGACUGUUCACUGGCAUGCCUCAUGUGACAACUACUGUGCCAAUGCAGACCCAAUGUCCCUACUGUGGGAACCAUAUCGUGACAGUGACAACCCCUGUCCCAGGCCUCCUCACCUGGCUGCUGUGCAGUGGCCUCUUUGUGUUUGGGCCAAAGGGCCUCGUAGGAUCGAGGCCCACCUGGUCCCCACCAUGUGCUACUUUCCCGGCUGAUCUGUAUACAACAAGUUAUCAGAAGGCACACAAUUCAUACUGCAACAGAGAAAGGAAGUGGGGCUACAGACCGGCUCAGAACCAGGAGACCAGAGGUAACCCCACGGCACACCAGGCCUCCCCUGGACACCUCAUCUAGAGACCCUGCACUUCCUCAGUCUCAAUAAAAUACAUGCAUGAAUCCCG